UAUACUGAGUUCAGAAGCUAGGUGUCCUGUGUGUGUUGAAUGACUGUAAGGACUGCUUUCAAUGUUCUAGUGUUAUAUUGACUUCGGUAGCUAGGUGUCCUUACUGUCUGUGUUUGUUCAGCUUUUUUUAGACGGAAGCGUCCUGCUAUAUUGAGUUGUGAAGCUAGGUGUCCUGCCUGUAAAGGGUGAAGUUGCUGCAUUGCAGCCUCAGUGCUGCUGCUGGAAUCAAACCUACAACAAUGGCGACUCCCAGCCCCAGCAACAACUCCACAGCCUCCUCCUUCAGCUACGACAGCAAUAACCCAGGAUCUACAUCACACCAUCACCAAACCCAGUCUCAGCACACCACAACAGUCAGCACCAUGCAGGAUACCAACACUUGCUGGAGAUGUCAGAAUGAAACAGGGUUUCAGAUAAACUUCUCUGGAGUUACGCAAAGUAAACGUAAAGCACUGAAGUUAAAUUUUGCCAAUCCACCAAUUAAAUCGACUGCAAGAUUUACUCUCAACACUUCAGGAGUUCCUUUUCAGAAUCCACAUAUAGAGAGGCUGCGAACACAUAGUAUUGAAUCUUCAGGAAAAUUGAAGAUCUCUCCAGAGCAGCAUUGGGAUUUCACUGCAGAAGACCUAAAGGACCUUGGGGAAAUAGGACGGGGAGCCUAUGGGUCUGUCAACAAAAUGGUGCACAAACCCAGUGGACAGAUCAUGGCAGUCAAACGAAUUCGAUCAACUGUUGAUGAAAAGGAACAGAAGCAACUGCUGAUGGAUUUAGAUGUAGUAAUGAGGAGUAGUGAUUGCCCAUAUAUUGUUCAGUUUUACGGAGCUCUUUUCAGAGAGGGUGACUGUUGGAUCUGCAUGGAACUCAUGUCUACCUCGUUCGACAAAUUUUACAAAUAUGUAUAUUGUGCAUUAGAUGAUGUGAUUCCAGAGGAAAUAUUAGGCAAAAUAACAUUAGCUACUGUGAAAGCACUUAACCACUUAAAAGAAAACUUGAAAAUAAUUCACAGAGACAUCAAGCCUUCCAAUAUUCUUCUGGACCGGAACGGCAACAUUAAACUCUGCGACUUUGGCAUUAGUGGACAGCUUGUGGACUCCAUUGCCAAAACUAGAGAUGCAGGAUGCAGACCUUACAUGGCGCCAGAAAGAAUAGACCCAAGUGCUUCCAGACAGGGAUACGAUGUUCGGUCAGAUGUCUGGAGUUUGGGAAUAACAUUGUACGAACUUGCCACCGGCCGAUUCCCAUACCCCAAGUGGAACAGUGUAUUCGACCAGCUAACGCAGGUCGUGAAAGGAGAGCCCCCACAGCUCAGUAACUCUGAGGAGAGACAGUUUUCCCCCAUGUUUAUCAAUUUCGUCAACCUGUGCCUUACGAAGGAUGAGUCAAAAAGGCCAAAGUACAAAGAGCUUCUGAAACACCCAUUCAUCCUGAUGUAUGAAGAGCGCCCAGUGGAUGUGUCUGGAUAUGUCUGUAAAAUCCUUGAUCACAUGCCGACAGCCCCCAGCUCCCCCAUAUAUGUUGAUUGAUGAUUCGGCUACAAGAACUAAAGAAGAGCUUGAGAGAGCGAGAGAACCCAUGAUGUAAAGAUUUGUUUCAUCACACAUUGCAGUGUUUAAAGAAAAUAGAAUCAUAAGAGUAAAAAAAAAAAAAAAAAAAACACACACUUCCCAACACCAUGUGCAAUAAUAUUGGUGUUCAUUUUCAAUCAUGUCUGUAUACUAUUGUCCUAUUCGAAGUGCAUUUUAGUAACUGAUCACACCGUGUUAAGAGACCUCAUCUUGAUUUUGUGUGGUUACAGUAUAGUCAUGAUAUCAGGAAAUAUAUUCAAAAUAUUCUGGAAGAAAAUGUAUAAAAUUACUUGUGGAAUUUAAUUUGAACACUUUUUAGCAGCCUACUGGAAAACUUCUUCCACCUCUUUCCAUGUGUAUGAUUUGUAGGCAUUGUGCGUGUGUGUGUGUGUGUAAAACUUAAAAAAAAAAAAAAAAGGAACCAUACUUCAUGGAAACUUGCAGGAUGACCAUUCUUCUGAAGUCAACAGGAAAACAUGUGGAUGUAUGUCUUCACAGUGCAAUAGAUUUGCUGAUUUAAAAAACAAAAAAAAAAUCUGUUGCUUCACAAAGUCACAGUUGUUAUUCUGGGGCUAUUUUUGUUAUGUUUUGUUGUUUUAAGGAAUAGAAAGGAAAAAAAAGUAUGAUGACAGAAAUACAUCAAUUUUACCAAAAAUGUGCUUGGACAGUGACACUGAAGCUAAUAACGAGAUGAUAUAUCAUAUUGCAAAGUAAUAAUAGAAAACAUAUGUUAUUCUCUUAAUCCAGAAAGGGAUUCAACAUUUCUAUGUUUUGUUCCCUUACUACUAGUAUAUCAGCAGCAUUAGAUGAUAGACCCAACAACGUGUUAUGUUUUAUUUAAGGCAAGGUGGUGUAACACUACACAGCAUGUUACUAAAAGACUUAAAGCAUGCUGGCUUAAAACAAGCUUGUGUGUGUUUGUUUGUUUGUUUGUUUUUUUCCUGAGACUUUCUCCACAGUAUGUAACUACACAUUGGUGUUGUAGGGUUUUAGAUAAAGACCAUACCCACUAUGUAGUGAGAUGACAAUAAUUAUUAUAAUAAUAAUAAAUAGUAAAAGCUUGCACCUGGUUAAUUGUGUUGUAUAGGCCACCAAACUAUCAUUCUGUAAUGUAAAGUUAUAACUCGACAGAAAAUUCAAAGUGCACAAUAGGUACAGUACAAAAACAAAAGUACUAUUUUAUUGUUUCUUGUGGUUGCAUUGCAAGUAUGACUGUUGCAUGGCACCAAAUAGUAUUUCGGCAUUUUCCAAUGCAACAAUUGCCAGUUUCUUUGAGUAAGUAGCAUCAAAUGUCAUUUUUUGGGGGGGGGGGGGGGGGGGGGUUCUUUUCUUUAAACAUUUCCUUGCUAUUGUAUGGCAUUUUGCAAUCAUUGAGUGCUUCUGGUUUUGUUUGAGCUGCUUUGAACUUGACUAUCCAAAGUGCCAAGACUGGACAGCCUUCCUCAUGUCAUUCAAAUCAUGUGACAAUAUGACUUUUCAAUUUGAGCCCCACCUACUCUACAUAUAUAGAGAGUUGAAAAGGUCAUGCAUAGUGUCACCUGGUUUUGAAUGAAAUGAGGAAGGCUGUUAGCAUUUGAGACUCUCCAGACAAGCUCAAAGCCAGGUAGGUCAGAUUUAGAGGAAAAUGUUAAUAUUGUAACUCAGUGUUGGAUCGAUACCAUAAAAUAGUAAUAUAAUGAAAAAUGACCAUUCUAAGUACAUUUCAAGCUACUUCCUCAUUUAAUGAUCUUAAAAUGAAAACAUUGGAUCAAGUAAUAAAAAUACAAAAACAACUGACACAUACAUUUUGUGAAUAAUGCUGUAAUUUGAUUAAUAACAUCACUGUUGACUGUCAAUGGAUUCAAAUCAGAUGUUACUAUCCUGGCUUAAACAGUCUAUACAUAAUAUGAACACAAAUAUAAACACUUAAAUAGUUUGUUAUACUGUUGGGUCAUUAGGAUAUGGAUGUAAUGGAAAAUGUCUAGUCGUGUGGAUUUAUUAUGGAGAGAAAAGACUGUACAAAAUGUCAGUUUAUUAGUACAUUAAUAUUAGAUUAUAAAUUACUAUUAAGGGUGAGGAUUUUAUUACAGUGCAUCUUUAUUAAAAAAAAAUCAAAUGUGUAUAAUGUUCACAAACUGUGAAAAUAGUAUAACUGUACAUUGUGGACUUUGGUUAUUUCCUGUAUUAUAGAAAAUGUAUGAAAAUAUAAAAUAAGAAAAAAAAGGUGGUGUGCAGGGAUAUUGCCUUAUAUGUUUGUGAAAUGGAGCACAGUAAAUGUAAUACCUGGUUUCAACAAGCUCCUGACUUAUCCUGUAUACUGGUUUGACUUCUUCCUAUAUUUAAGACAUUAUAAAUGGAAUCUAGAUGUUCAUGUAGUAGUUCUAUUCUCUUUGCCUGCAGGUCAGUUGUAAUAAAAGUAGGAUGUGACUGUGACCUUGUUAUUCUCCUUUUGUAAGGUCUGGUAACACGCAAUGGCAAAAAAUAAAUAAACAUAACUUAUAAUUCUGACAUUUAGUUAAACUUAGCCUCUGGUGAUAAAUAAAACAUAACCCUCUUUA